AUGCCAAACUUUCCCAUAACUGCGAGAGCAGAUCCGACACCGGUAUAUAGGACUUUGACGCAAGUUCUUCCUUCGACUACGAUCAUUACCACCAUUCUACUCGGAGACAGCCCCGCGGCGACAGCAGCUCCAAGCUCCUCAUCAGAUACUCCAUCCAACGGCACCGUCAUAGGAGCAGUGAUUGGGUCUAUCUUUGGCUUCAUUCUCAUCUUGAUGCUCAUAUCAUAUUGUGUACGAAGAACACCAGACUGGGCUCCGUACUUCUCUGAUCGAAGUUCCUUUUCGUCCGUUUACGUGCACAAUCCAAACGCUGUGCCCACACAAGCACAUGUCGACGACCCUACAGCGACGACAAGGCUAGGCUUCAAUCGAGAGAAGCGACAAUUCUAUUUCGAGAGGGAAUCGCAAAGAAGCCAUUCUGCUCCUCCUGUCAGUACCGAGUAUUCUGAUACAUCUGCCAGCUCACAGAGCUCAUGA